AUGGCACACCCCGACGAACCAAGGCGACGACGCUUCACCCCCGUCCCCAUCGAGACAACCUUUCAGUCGGUUCGCAAGCCGCCUGCCUGCCUAAGCCCGCAUCCCGAGCUGACCCCAGAUCCCUCCCCUCCAUCUACUUCGCCGACUAUUUCCGAGCCGCAGCGGAAUGGACGCUUCCACCCCCAGUUGAUCGAGACAUCGAGGAGGACGCGCAGGGCCGCCGAUCCCGGCCCCGCAACCAAGCCGACGGACAAGACUGACAUCACCCCCUACACAAACCACAUCUACGUGUCCAAGCCCAAGCACCGCCGGAAACGCGGCGACUCGCUCGAUGACGGGCCCAUCCGUCAUAUGCCGCCCACUCGGCGAGAGACGGAAGACGAGGGGGUCAAAGAAUAUCUACUCGAGCUGGCCGCCAAGGAGGCUGCCCGGCAGAUGGAAGAGGCCGCCCUGGCCGCCUUCCCCAACAGCCGGGCCCGUGAAGGUGGUGUGGCGCACUUUUACUUUCGCGAGAGCUCUGGCAGCGAUAACUCUGCCGAGGACGCACACCACCAUGCUCAGCCUCGUGCGCGCCGCAAGUCGUCCAACCUGGGUCUGAACUGGUGGCAUAAACACAUGCAAGAGCAUGCCGAGCAUCUCGCUCACGACCGCCGCGACGAUGCCCCGGCACCCCACGACCAAGACACGCUCAUGACGACCGACUCUGACCUCGACGACAUGGAUCUAUGCGUUCCCCCGAACCCGCUCUGGACAACGAACCAACGGUCCACCCCCGAGGAUGGACGCGACUCGCUCGCCGACUUCCGGCCGAUGAAGGAAAACAUGGCGCCCGCCGCCCACCUCGACCUCUCACCUUUCAAGCAGAUGGAUCUUGGGGCGGGGCAGGCCCCGGCCUUUCAUCUGGCUCCCGACGAGUUUCAUCGCGGCCGCGACGUCGAGCGUGGCCGGCCGUUUGGCGCCUUUGGCCUGAAGCCCGAGGACCCCACGCUCCAUCUCAUGAGACAGGCCGCCUCGCCGCCCAUGCUCGGCAAAGACCUGACGUUUCGCAAGUGCCCGUCACCCAAGCAGACCAAGCUCGAGACGGACCACCCCUUUGUCGACCAGGGCGGCUCGCGAGAGUGCAACCGGGAUGUGUCGGGCCAGGGCGGCCUGUGGAAAGGCUACUGCUGCAGGUCGGAAUCCAACGGCGACUGCGUCGUGUCGGCAGACCUGCGGCGUGCAGACAUGAUUGUUACACCGCAGCCCCCAGAGUCGCCCCGCGAACCCCUCACGUGCGGGCGCCUGGGCGAGAAGCCGAGCCCGGCAGCCUCUUCGAGGGGUUCGUUGGACAACAACACAGCCUGCGGCAUGUGGACCGCCGAGCCCGGGCCCAGGACGAACGGGGCGGGCGGGCAGGCCAAGAAGUUGCUGCAGGUCCCCCAGGGCCUGGGCGAGCGCCUCGAGCGGGAAAAGGCGCGCGCCGAGCGCGACGAAAAGAUCCUGCAAGAGUUUGGCGACGAGUUCGUCACGCAGGUCUACAACUACCUGUCGCUCGGCUACCCGGCCACGGCGCGCUCCUUUGACGAGGAACUGUCCAAAAUUAGCCGCGUCAGCACCGCGGAGCUCGGCCGCGACGACGACCGGCAGAUGGCCAAGGGCCACAUGCUCGAGAUGCGCCUCGACGACACCCCCGAGGACGCCCGGUGCCCGCGGUGGUGCGCGCUCAAGGUGUACAUUCUGCAGUGGGCGAGGUCGCAUCCCGACCUGGAUAAUCUCGAUCCGCUCGCCUGGGGCGUCAGGGAGCGGAGGGGCAGCUGGGCCAUCUAA